CUCGUCAUUAGUAUCGCCUUGGCUGCGGUUGAACGAACAAUUCAUUCCGCAGUCAUGCUUUGAUUUCGACCUUUCAUUUUGACAAUUCUCUUCUUCUUUUUUUUUUCGUUCGUUCGUGCUGUUGUCAAGUGAAUUUUUCGCUGCUGCUUUAGCAUAAAUAGUUCCUUUUUGUUUGUUACUUUUUAAUUGUGGAUUGAUGAAAAAAAAAAGUUUGUACAUUCAGUGUGCGUGAAUAAAUAUCCAUUGAAUUUCUCCAUCGAAAAAUGUACUUUGGACGUGUUUAUCUACACUUGAAUUGUAUCGUGAAAAUGAAUCAUUAAGUGUCUGAGUGUUUUAUUUCUUGAAACAUGUAUGAGUGUGGUGAUGUGCUGUGAGUGUGUUGCAUAUACAGUGUAUAGAAGUAUCGAUUUUGGCAUGAUUUCAAAUAGAAUCCAAUGAAUUCUUUAGUUUUCAAUGUAUACGAAUUAAGCUACAAACUUGUUACUUACACAAACAUUCGGGGAAUUCAAUUCCAAGCACGUUUCCCGCGUAAAUGCCACGACUAAUUUAAAACAACCCAUAUUUAUGAUUCAAAAUUGUGUAAUCAACGCCUUAUAUGAUGUAAAUGAGUGAAACAAAAAGAAACAAUAACAUUGAGCUGCUUAUUAAAUCAUCGAAGAAACAACGAUUUUAAUUGCUUGAAUAAUUAUUUGAAGUAAAUUUUCAAUCAAUUCAAUUCUAUGAAGGGUUUCAUCAUUCAAAACUUAACUUAACUUAACUUAACUUAUUAAAAUUGACACACACGCACAAUAUAGAACAAUGUCGUUCUAAGCGGAAACAAAACAAGAAUCGAAAGCAAAACCAACAAAUGAAUGAAAGAUAAAAAUUCUGAGUAGAAAAAGUGAUAAAAAUUCUUAUCGAAUUCAAAAGAAACACUCACAAUGGAUUCGGAACAAACAAAAGGCUGUUGUAAUUGCAAGGUCAUCAGUACCAUAUUGGGAGUCGUUGAAAUAUUGCUCAGCAUUGGAUUUGGAUUUAUAUUUGGAGUUUCAUAUGCCAUCUUUGGCGAUUAUCAAACAGCUAUUGUUAUAUUUUUGAUUUGCUUUUUGAAUCUAAUGGCCAGCGUCAUUUGGCUCAGAGGAAUUGGGCUGGAAGAAAUACGAUUUUUGCUCACCGCUAUUGUUUGGUUUAUCGCUUCUUUGGGGCUUUGGUUGCUUUGGAUGAUUUUAGAUGUGAUAUCUGGCGUUGAGCUCGAUAAAACUAUACUUGUUACAACAGCCCUCAUUGUGAUUUCCCAUAUUUCAACUGUAUUGUGCUAUAUAAAGUUGCGAAACCUCAUUAUGGGAGACGAGCCAGAGGAUCGACGAGCAAAUGUAUCGAAUGCAGCGGAACUCGAAGAAUGCAAAGGGUUUAAUUCUUAGUACAAAUGUAACGAACAAAUGCAAUUUUUGCCUUAUGAUUUUUUUUUCGACGAAUUUACCGUUAACAAGACAAAUAUUUUUAAGCUAUAGAUAAAAUGAAUUGCUCUAAGUUCAAAAGUGGAAAAAAUAAGACAAAAAAUACAGGAGAGAGCAAAUAUCUCGCGCAACAAAACUGAAUGUUGACAAACUGUUACUCAAAAAAAUUAAGAAAUAAAUGUAUAAAGAUAAAAUAAAGUUAUCGUAUUCCAAAGUUGUGGAUUUCUAACCUGUCUAACUAAUUAAGACGACAGUCUUCAAAAUUGUUACGGGAUGAUGGAAAAAAACGCAUGAUGCAUUUCAUUCAAUUUUACGCUCAGUUCAUUUUAUUUUGAAUGUAAUGUACUGUUUUAUUCAUGAUUGAUUUCUUAUUUUAUGCAUACGAUUAAUCAUACCAUGGUACACUUGUACAAUCUUUUACCUCGUUCAUCCUAUGUAACACUUAUACACGUUUUGCUUGCAUUUUUUCGGUAAGAGCAUCUGUUGCGCAUUCUUCUAUCAAAUCUACCAACAAAUUGCAUCCAACAAACAAUCAUCGUUCGACUAACAAAUUGGAAAACUUCUACUUUCUCCGAAGAAAUCGACGAAAGCAUCGAUAUGACGAUGCGUCACUUUUUUUUCCAAUUUUUCCAUGACUUUCCUUCUUUGAGAUUGCAAAAUGCACACUCCAAUGCAUCGACGAUGAUGCAUCCAGUGAAUGCCAUUCACCGUAAGCAUGAGCGCAGACAACGCUAGACGAUAUGCAUAAAUGCAGGCUGCCCGCGGAUGUCCGUGAGCGAAAGCUUGGGGUUGAUAUGCGCAGUAUUACAUUGGCUGUAGAGGGAAAAACAACCAAUUUUUCUCUCUCAAAUUGAGUUUUUCGCUGUGAACUUGAACAAAUGAAAAUUGAAUCAAAGUGAAAAGGAUUUUUUUUUUAUCGAAUUCAAAGUUAUUUAUUUGAACUUUGAAUGAUUUUUGAAAUAGAAAUUAGUUUUCAGUUAUUAAAUAGUUAUUUUUGCGUGAAAAAUCAGUGAAGAUAUACAGAACAGCAAAGCAGAAUCAUUCUGUCAUUGAAAAUUGAGUUGAUUUGAAAUUGACUCUGUGCAUUGGCAUUGAUUAA